AUGAGUGAAGAAUUAAAUCAAAAGGUGCCACCACCACCACCAGCAGCAGCCACAGAAGGUUCAACCGAAAUGAGUACAGUUAGGGAACCUCAGCAACAACAAGAAGAACAAGCAGAAGAAGAACAAGCACAAGAAGAACAAGCACAAGAACAACAGCAACCAGAACAACAGCAACCAGAACAACAGCAAACAGAACAACAGCAAACAGAACAACCACCACAAGAACAAGAACAGCAAGAACAACCGCCACAAGAACCAGAACAACCACCACAAGAAGAAAAACAACAGCAACCAGAACAGCCACCACAAGAACAACAGCAACAAGAACAACAACAACAACAACAAGAACAACAACAAGAACAGCAACAAGAACAACAACAACAGCAACAAGAACAACAAGAACAACAGGAAUAUGGCCACACAGAACAAAUACAACAAAGAGAACAACAUAUUUCAGAAUCAGAACAUGAACACCAUCAAGACCAGGCCCAUACUAUUCAACCAUUAGCAAACGCUAAUGAACAAUUGUCACCCAAGAACUGCUUAUAUGUUGCCGGUUUUCCAAGAGAAAUUCGUGCAAGAGAGUUGGCUCCUAUUUUUGAAAAAUUCGGUAAAAUCUUAAGAAUUGAUAUUCCGCCUCCAAGAAGUAUUUAUUCCAGACCAUAUGCCUUCGUUCAAUUUGAACACUAUGAAGAUGCAGAAAAAGCUCUAAAUGAAUUAGACAGAAAUCCAUUUGAAUAUGACCCAGCCUUUUUAUUGAGUGUUGAAUGGGCAAAAUCUGAACCAAGACAACCUGGUAUGGUAAUGCCAUCAUUCCGUUCAAUGCCACAACAACAUUCACGUUUCCCAGGGGGCUAUUCACAAAGGGGCGGUAGUUAUGGAUAUCGUGGCAGAGGAGGUGGAUCAAGAGGUGGAUUCCGCGGCGGUAGUUAUCGUGGUGGAUAUCAUAACGGUAUCAGCAGAGGUGGAAGUUACGGUGCUAGGGGUAAUGGAUAUCGUUUUAAUGCUUAUGGCCCACAAUCCAGAGGUGCUAGAAGUGGUGGUUAUAGUAGUAGAGGUGGUGGUUACAGCAAUAGUCGUGGUGGUAGUUAUCCUUAUAGUAAUGAAAAUUAUAGGGGAAACGAAUACUACCAACAAGAACCAUACUAUUAUAAUACCGCUUCAUCCUCUUCUGCUAUUCCACCCCCUGCACAUGCGUCUUCUAAUAUUAAUGGAUCUUAUUCUUCAUCGAGAAAUUAUGGUGGUGAUUAUAAUGAAGAAAUGCCACCUGCUAGAGAUUCUGAAUAUGAACUACAAGAAGAACAACCGGCGCCAGUCCAACCAUACGAAUGA